UAUAUUCUACCUGACUGGCUAUUACAUGUCUUCUAAUUACUGCUAUUGCUAUACUUUUCUUUUACUUCAGAGUUAUAAUCAUUAUAUUCACAAAAAUAUGGAAAGAGAAACACCGAUAGAAUGCUCAAUUUCAUCAUAUUCAAAAUCAGUUCAAAUCGCUUUAGAUAAUAAAGAAUUAAUUGAAGAAGCUACAUUUAUAGUUUUCAUUUAUUAUUUCUUACGAAAGCGUCCAUCAUUUCAAGAAUAUAUAAAGUAA